AUUCUAGUUCUAGACACCUCCAGCACGCACCACAAAUUCAAACCUCCAAUUUUCCAAACGGCAAAAGCAGCCAUAAUAAUGAGUUGAGUGAGAAAUCUGGCACUUCUCACAGUUCAUCCAAUUUGCAAGCCCAACAACCAAAAAGACAUGGCGCUAGUGCCCGUGCCGCCUGUCCAUGACGGGCCUCUGUUCCCGGAGGUCGACAUGGGAGCCGAACCAUCUGCACCCACGGUCCGAGCCACUGUGGUCCAGGCCUCCACUGUCUUCUACGACACCCCCGCCACUCUAGAUAAGGCCGAGAGGUUGCUGGCUGAAGCGGCCGGGCAUGGAUCCCAGCUGGUUGUGUUUCCAGAAGCAUUCGUGGGUGGUUAUCCGCGGGGAUGCACUUUCGAUUUCGGUGUUACCAUUGAUAAUCGAACUGCCAAGGGCAAAGAGGAGUUCCGCAGGUAUCAUGCAUCAGCCAUCAAUGUACCAGGUCCUGAAGUUGAUCGUUUGGCAGUAAUGGCUGGAAAGUAUAAGGUGCAUUUGGUAAUGGGUGUGAUAGAGAGAGAUGGAUAUACACUCUAUUGUACUGUUCUAUUCUUUGAUUCUCAAGGUGGUUACCUGGGAAAGCACAGGAAGGUUAUGCCAGCAGCAUUGGAGCGUAUCAUCUGGGGAUUUGGAGAUGGAUCGACAAUUCAAGUUUUUAGUACUCAAAUCGGAAAAAUAGGAGCUGCCAUUUGUUGGGAAAACAGAAUGCCACUUCUAAGGACAGCCAUGUAUGCUAAAGGCAUUGAAAUAUAUUGUGCACCUACGGCUGAUGCCAGUCCCAUAUGGCAAUCAUCAAUGAUCCAUGUUGCCCUUGAGGGUGGAUGUUUUGUUUUAUCUGCCAUCCAAUUCUGUCGAAGGAAAGAUUACCCCUCUCCUCCAGAGUAUGUAUUUUCAGGAACAGAGGAGGAGCUCAUACCAGAUUCUGUUGUCUGUGCUGGAGGCAGUGUCAUUAUAUCGCCAUCAGGGGCUGUUCUGGCAGGACCCAAUUAUGAUGGGGAGGCACUCAUCUCAGCAGAUCUAGAUCUUGGAGAAAUAGCACGGGCAAAAUUUGAUUUUGAUGUGGUUGGACACUAUUCAAAACCAGAAGUGCUAAGCUUGAUUGUGAGGGACCAUCCAACAAAACCGGUUACUUUCAUGAAGGCGCUCACAAGUAGUUAUAAUGGAUCACCUGCCAUCAAUAAUAGGAAGGGCGGGCACUGAUAAGGCAACCUCUUUAUUACCGUUUGCAGAUGUAUAUGUUCAAUGUUUUAUCUUCCACGACAGAUGACAUGUCUUCCUUGCAGAUGGCGUAAGUUAUUCUGUUGGUAAAAAUAAACAAAUAAGAUAUGGUUUUACUUCCUGUAACCUUUGCAACAUGUACCACUUUUCAAAACUUAAACCCUGAACCUAUUUAGUUUGGUUUUUCUUUUAUUAUUAUUAUUAUUAUAAGUUACUUUGGAUGGAAGAA